ACUCACCCUCCCAUCCCAUUACGUACUCUCUCUCUCUCUCUCUCUCUGUGUCAUUUCCUCAUUUCUUUCCCUUCCAACUCCUCCAUAGCAAUGGCUUGCAAAAGCAUUGUAGCAGUCGCAUUGCUCUGCAUGGUAGUGGCCGGUGUCGGCGCCCAGUCCCCAGCGGCUGCUCCGACGAAAUCCACCUCGACUCCUCCUCCUGCUACCGCUCCCGCUAAAUCUCCAUCGGCCACAGUAACUGCCCCCGUCGCAUCGCCGACGUCCUCGCCCCCUGCUUCCGCUCCAGCCUCGGAGACUGUUCCACCCACCCCGGCCACUCCAGCGGCCACGCCCGCACCUCCCCCAGCCACGACCGCACCCCCACCUGCCCCGGUGAGCUCCCCGCCAGCUCCAGUGCCGGUGAGCUCACCACCACCGGUGCCUGCCCCUGCAAAGUCUCCCCCUUCACCUGCCCCGGUGAGCUCCCCUCCGGUCGCAACAGAAACUCCAGCUCCAGCUCCAAGCAAGAAGAAGCACGCUGCCCCAGCUCCUGCACCGGCAUUGCUCAGCCCACCUGCUCCUCCGGCAGCCUCGCCCGGGCCGAGCGAUGACGCCUUCUCUCCUGGACCGUCGUCAACAUUGAACGAUGAGAGUGGAGCAGAAAGGAUCCAUAAGGUUGUGGGGGGCCUGGUGGUGGCAUUGGGAUGGGCUGUCUUUGGUCUGAUCCUGUAGAUCAGACAAAAGCUUGAGAGAAGAAGUGACUCAUCAAAACAAAUUAAACGAAUUUGUUUGAUCAAUUUUUCAUUAUUUUUCAAAUUUCGUAUUUAACUGAUAUUUUUUACAUUUGUUUAAUUACUAAAAGACAGGCUUACUUUGAUUGCAUCUGUUGUUUAUCAUCAUAUUAAUAAUAAUAAUUAUUAUUCUUAUAGGCUGUGCCUCGAGCUACAAUUUAUAUAAAUGUUGACUUAUUGCUUGGAA